AUGUAUAGCUUACGCAGACUGACUGACUCAGAGUUAAAUAAAGUACCCUACAAGCAGUAUAGACACAAGAACUGCAAAGAAGUCAGGAUAUUAAAAGCAGAAAGAAUCAGCCAACAGAUACUAGAUUCAGAUAGUGUUGCAAAGACUUGUUGGUCAAUCGUAAAUAAAAUCAGAAACAGUGAGACAGAAACUGAAAUUAAUAAUGUACAAUUAACUGUGAAUAAUGAUGAUAUCUCUGAUUCCUUUCUACCCAGCAAUACAUUUAAUAAUUACUUCAUAGAUACUGUCAAAAAUGAUGUCUCUAUGAAACAAUAUAUACAGCACACAUUUGAAUCCAAUAACAAACAGAACUGCAGUAGAUUACCAGUAGUAAGCACAUACGACAUACUGCAGCUUAUUGAUAGCCUCAGAAACAAAAAAUCAGCAGGAUUAGACAAAAUUUCUCCAUAUCUAUUGAAGCAAUGCAAAUACAAAAUAAUGAAACCACUCGCUCAUCUAAUAAAUUGUGUUCUAGAAGAUGGUAUGUUCCCUGAUAAGAUGAAACUGGCUGUAGUUAAACCAAUACACAAAAAGGGGGAAGUAAAGCAUGUACAGAACUACAAACCUAUUGCCCUAAUCUCAACUUUCAGCACACUGAUAGAGAAAAUAACGCUAAAAAAGCCUGGAACAUUACAACAAUGCUGA